AUGAAACGCCUCGAAGAAAUGGUUAGUCGUUUAAACGCUUCGUAAGACCCGGACUGAUUGGAGUCCCGUAUCCGCGGACGCUUUUAAGAUACGAUGGAAAAUUAUCAGGGGACAGAAUCUCAUUGUCAAGUACGCAACGCUCUAGCAAUCUGCAAAUUUUUAUUACACGCAUUAUUACUCCAACAAGUGGUACACUGUAGCGAAGAUAAACAUUUUUGGCAUGAAGUUGGCCGUUCGGAAUUAGAUGCCUCGUUAAAUUAUAAAUGGAAUACAAAUACGGCAAAAAAUGUUAUCAUAUUCCUUGGGGAUGGUAUGAGUCCCGAUACAAUAACCGCUAGCAGAAUUUACAACGCCGGCGAAGAGAGCUAUCUCUCUUGGGAAAAAUUCCCACAUGUCGGACUGCUCAAGACCUAUGACUCGGACAAACAAGUGCCCGAUUCAGCUUCUACUGCGACUGCGAUCUUUUGCGGUGUGAAAACCAAUAAUUAUGUAGCAGGAGUUGAUGCUAAUGUAAAAUUUGCUGAUUGCGAGGCAAGUCUUAAAAAAGAGAAUCAUCUCGAUUCUAUUAUCGCCUGGGGACAACAAGCUGGUAAAGACACAGGAUUCGUAACUACGACCAGAGUUACUCACGCAACACCAUCGGCUCUGUUUGCUCACGUACCAGAUAGAAACUGGGAAUGCGAGGCAAAGAUGCCUCAAAACGCUGCAAAAUGUAAAGACGUAGCCAGACAACUUAUCGAGGACGAACCGGGAAGGAAUAUUAAGGUAAUAAUGGGAGGUGGCAGACAAAUGUUGCAAAGUAAUGUGACUGGUACUGCAGGUGAUCCACUGGACACCUGGGCAUGCUACAGUAAAGACGGGCGAAAACUUAUGGAAGAUUGGGCUGCAGACAAGGAACGCAGAAACUUUUCACACACCAUAGUUCAGAAUACUGAAGAAUUAUUCAAUGCCGAUCUUCAGGAAACUGAGUUUCUAUUGGGAAUAUUCGCUAAUGGUCAUAUUGCUAUGGAUUGGGAGAGGGAUACAAGUCCCCAAGGAAUGCCUAGCUUAGAAAAUAUGACUACCACUGCUAUAAAAAUGCUGCGAAAAUCGGAAAAAGGCUACAUCCUUGUGGUUGAAGGUGGUCUGAUUGACUUCGCACAUCAUCGUGGACAUGCUGCCCAAGCUUUACAAGAGACCGUCAGACUCUCUGAAGCCGUUCGUUCGACCUUAGAACUAGUUGAUCUUAGUGAAACAUUGGUAUUGGUGACAAGUGAUCACACUCAUUCUAUGACUUUCAAUGGUGUCAGUGAUAGGGGAGCAGAUAUUCUAGGGAUUGCCCGGAAUUCUAAAUAUGACGGCGUACCCUAUACGAUUUUGGGCUAUGGCACAGGUGGUCCAAAUAACAUGGGUUACGAAGUUUAUAAUGCAACAGUAGCCAGAAGAAGCGAUCCCACACGGCAGAAUACCCGCGAGUUCACUUAUAGUCAGCAAGCUACUAUAAUAACUAGUGAGGCUCAACACGGCGGAGGUGACGUCGCAAUAUAUGCCAUAGGGCCUUAUGCGCACUUGUUUCAUUCAACCCAUGAGCAAAAUUUUGUCGCUCAUGUUGCAGCAUAUUCAGCAAAAAUUGGUGCAUACUCACGAUCAACUGCUGACUUUGUUGUGAGCUCUAAGGUUCUUAUUAUUUUGAUGGUGACGCUAUUAUUAUCAUCAUUAAAAGUAAAUUGCUGAUGAGAAAUGUCACGGAGAACAGAAAAAUAUUUGUACCAGGCUGAAUCAAGCUAUAGAACUAUUGAAUAUUUCUUUCAAAUGAAACGAAAAGGCGAAAAAAAUGGGAAAGAAAAAAUACAUCAUUGCAAAUCACCUGCAAGCUAGGAAUGCACUGACCUAUAGAUGCCAGUUUGCCGACUGUAAUUAAAACAUAACAAUUACUAGUAUGAAAAGUUACGUUAUAGUGAUAUACAGUAUUUUGUUGUGUAUAUUAUAUUUAUUUCAAGAGGAAAUUGAAUAGUAGAUCACCACAUCCAGAAUAUAUUAAAGAUGCCUUGGAAUAUUCACAAUGACAAAUAACGUACAAGUGCAUUGUUCAUUCAUUGAAAUGAAAAUCUUACAAUCGGAA